ACCUUCUUUGCCGACGGUCUUGGAGCUUGUGGUGCAACUAACUCGCCUAGCGAUUUCAUUGUUGCCCUCAACUCUGCACAGUACGGCAGUGGCGGUUACUGUUUCCAGAUGAUCACCAUCACAUACAAUGGCAAGACAACCCAGGCACAGAUCACCGACGAGUGCCCUGGUUGCCCCUACGGUGGUCUCGACAUGUCUACCGGGCUCUUCGACUUCUUUGCCGACCCCUCUGCUGGUGUCAUCUAUGGUGAAUGGUCGUUU